GUCUCCUCCUCCUCCACAAAUACUUGUCCUCCUGCAGUUUUAAUACCUCCACACCAUCGCUGUACCUCCUCAUUCCCGCAGUGAGCAACACGGAGGAGAAGCACGAAGAACAAUCACCGUUUGGGAUUCAGUACCUCUGUUAACCCGGGACAUUGUGCGUGUGUUUCGGGACUUCUUGGAGCUUGUUUCCCCGGUCUUACCUGUCCCAUCCUCCGGCCAGAAGCGACCCCAGUGUGAUCCAGAUCCAGCUGUGAGAUCAUUAUCAUCAGGAUGAAGAUGAGACUCGUCUUCCUCCUCCUGACGCUCGUCGUCCUCGUCGCCGCCCGACCCAAAGCAGGUCCGAAGCAGAAGUGUAAGUCCGGUCCGGUGGAUCUGGUGUUUCUGAUCGACAGCUCUCGCAGCGUCCGGCCUCACGAGUUCGAGACCAUGAGGAAGUUCAUGAUCGACAUCCUGAGCACGCUGGACAUCGGACUCAACGCCACCAGAGUGGGGGUGGUGCAGUACUCCAGCCAGGUCCGCACUGAGUUCUCCCUGAAGGCUCACGCUAAACUGGAUACGAUGGUGAAGGGCAUCAACGAGAUCAUCCCUCUGGCUCAGGGCACCAUGACCGGUCUCGCCAUCAAAUUUGUGAUGGACACAGCUUUCGUCGCGGAGGAGGGAGACAGGCCGAAGGUUCCCAACGUGGUGGUGAUCGUGACGGACGGUCGUCCUCAGGAUCGAGUGGCAGAAGUGGCGAUUGAGGCAAGAGAGAAAGGCAUCGAGAUCUUUGCUGUGGGCGUGGCCAGAGCCGAUAUGGCGUCCCUCAGGGCGAUGGCGUCCCCUCCAUUCGAGGACCACGUCUUCCUGGUCGAGUCUUUUGAUCUGAUCCAUCAGUUCGGACUGCAGUUCCAGGACAAACUCUGCGGAGUGGAUCUGUGUGUGGAGUCGAAGCACGGCUGUGAGCAGAUCUGUGAGAGUUCUCCAGGAUCUUUCCACUGCCUCUGUCUGCCCGGAUACUCUCUGAACGAGGACGGGAAGACAUGCGCAGCCAUUGACCUGUGUGCGGAGGGGAAACACGACUGUGAGCAGAUCUGCAACGCCUCUCCGGGCGUCUUCACCUGCGACUGCAGCGCAGGAUACAAACUGAACGACGACAAGAAGUCCUGCACAAUGAUCGACUUCUGUUCGUUUGGGAACCACAGUUGUGAUCAUGAGUGUGUGAGUGUGCUGAACGGCUAUCACUGCCGCUGUCAGGAGGGUCAUCGGCUGCUGGAGAACGGGAAGACCUGCCAGGCCAUUGACCUGUGUGCUGAGGGGAAACACGACUGUGAACAGAUCUGCAACAGCGCUCCGGGCGUCUUCACCUGCGACUGCAACGCAGGAUACACACUCAAUGACGACAAGAAGACCUGCACACCCAUUGACCUGUGUGCUGAGGGGAAACACGACUGUGAGCAGAUCUGCAUCAGCGCUCCGGGCGUCUUCACCUGCGACUGCAACGCAGGAUACACUCUCAAUGACGACAAGAAGGCCUGCACACCCAUUGACCUGUGUGCUGAGGGGAAACACGACUGUGAGCAGAUCUGCAUCAGCGCUCCGGGCGUCUUCACCUGCGACUGCAACACAGGAUACACACUCAAUGACGACAAGAAGGCCUGCACACCCAUUGACCUGUGUGCUGAGGGGAAACACGACUGUGAGCAGAUCUGCAUCAGCGCUCCGGGCGUCUUCAGCUGCGACUGCAACGCAGGAUACACACUCAAUGACGACAAGAAGGCCUGCACACCCAUUGACCUGUGUGCUGAGGGGAAACACGACUGUGAGCAGAUCUGCAUCAGCGCUCCGGGCGUCUUCACCUGCGACUGCAACACAGGAUACACUCUCAAUGACGACAAGAAGGCCUGCACACCCAUUGACCUGUGUGCUGAGGGGAAACACGACUGUGAGCAGAUCUGCAUCAGCGCUCCGGGCGUCUUCACCUGCGACUGCAACAAAGGGUUCAAACUCAACAAAGACAAGAAGACAUGCACAGACAUGGACAUGUGUAACACGGUGAAACACGGCUGUGAGCAUCAGUGUGUGAACACGCCUGGAUCUUUUUACUGCAUCUGUCCUGAAGGCCAGCUGCUGCAGGAGGACGGGAAGAGCUGCGGCACCUGCAAGUCUGCGAACAUCGACCUGGUGCUUCUGAUCGACGGCUCUAAAAGCGUCCGGCCACAAAACUUCGAGCUGGUCAAAAAGUUUGUUAACCAGGUGGUGGACUCUCUGGACGUCUCGGCUCACGGCACCAGAGUGGGUUUCGUCCAGUACUCCAGUCGGGUCCGGACUGAGUUCCCUCUCAACAUGUACCACACCGCCGCCGAGAUCAAAGCCGCCGUCAUGAAGGUGGACUACAUGGAGAAAGGCACGAUGACGGGCCUCGCUCUGAAACACAUGCUAGAGAACAGUUUCUCUGAGUCUGAAGGAGCUCGUCCGUUAGACAGAAACAUCCCGAGGAUCGGACUCGUGUUCACGGACGGACGCUCGCAGGACGACAUCACUGAGUUCGCCAAGAAGGCCAAAGAAGCCGGUAUCACCAUGUACGCGGUGGGCGUUGGUAAAGCGGUGGAAGACGAGCUGCGUGAAAUCGCGUCUGAACCGACGGAGAAACAUUUCUACUACACGACCGAUUUCUCCGCCAUCAGCACCAUCGCAGAGAACCUCAAACUCAACAUCUGCCCAGCGGAGAGUCAGGGGGAGAUCGAGGUGAAGGACCCCUGUGCCUGUGAGAGUCUGGUGGAGUUCCAGCAGGCGACCAUGAGCAGCCUGGAGCAGCUCACUCAGAAACUGUCCGCCAUGACGGCCCGUCUGGAGCAGCUAGAGAACCAGCUGCUCUCCAAGAAGUGAUCUCAUCUUCAUCACCCAGAGAGAACAGGAGAAUAACAGCGUGAAGAGGAGGUAGAGGAGGAAGAGGAGGAAGAGGAGGAGCUCUUUACAUCAAUGGACAAAACCAAAGGGCCUUUUCUCUCAAAGCCUCUGUGGCCUUCAGCGCUCUUCACGAGGAAGACGUCUGUCUGAAAGCUUGUGAUAUAGAAUCAUAUUUCUGUUAUGUAAAUGAACUCAUUUGUACGUCUUAAAAUACAACAACUCAUCCACUCUAAAGCUACAGCUGUGAAACACAAGAGAUUACACCUCCAAGGAAUCCCGAGACAUCUGUUCACCUGUGUGUGUGUUCCUACAUUUAGGAUAAUAAAGUUCGAUUUUUGUUCGAUUUGGAUACAGCACUAGUCCAUUUUGAAAUUUGCAAUUUCCAAGAAAAUGUUGAUUAAUUGUGCAGCCCUAAUGGCCUCUAACACACACACACACACACACACACACACACACACACACACACACACACACACACACACACACACACACACACACACACACACACACACACACACA